AUGGAGAGUUCCUGCGGUGAUGAGUUUACAGGUGUACUCGCGGAGUUCGAGCGGGAAAUACGCGGACUUGCAGAGAAACUCGCCGAUGAACGUCAACUGCGGGAAAGAGAAGUAUCCAUAGAUCACAAACAACAACAAGAAAAAGAAAAAGAAGAAAAAGAAGAAAGACAUAUCCAUACAUCCAUACCCACAGGCAUAAGAGAAACAACCAAAAGAAAUACUGUACCAUAUACACCAUCCCUAGUGGGAAAGAAAAAGACAGACGUCACUAUACCACGAACGAAUACUAAUACUAAUAGUAAUAGUAAUAUUUAUAGAAAAACUACUCAUACUAGUAUUAAGCCAAUUACUACUACUACUACUACUACUACUAUACCAACAACAACAACUACUACUACUGUAUAUGAUACUUCCUGUGUACAGUAUGUGGCCUUAAAUAUAUGGGCAACACUUGGUUUCUUUGCACGGCCGCCAAUGGUGCUGAAUGCGGUGAACAGAGAAGUGCAGUCAUCCUCACAUAGACCACCUUUUCUCUCUUCUUCUUCUUAUGCUUCUUAUAGUGAAGAUGAUGAGAAUAAUAAGAAGGAUGAAGAUGAUGAAGAGAGUCUCUUUUAUUUUGUAGCCUCUCUAGAGGGAUAUUAUCAGCGAUGGUUAAAUAAUAAUAAUAAUAAUAAUAAUAAUAGUUCUCCAUCUUCUCUUCACACACUGCAAUCACCCGCAUUAAGUGAUGAAAUGAUUCGACACGGUCUCUGGCAGGUCCUCUUUAACGCCGUAUUUUAUUGUCAAUCACUAUUGGAGAAGAAAGAGACCCAAGAGAAAUCCACUGCUGUUCAUACUUCUUUUAAUUCUCUUUCCACAAAUAGAGAGAACUGUUGGGUUCCCAUAAGACUACAGUGGUGUAAACAAGAAGAAAAAGAAAAAAAAGAAAAAGAAAAAAAAGAAGAAAAGUGUGGAAGAAGACAUCAUGGCAGUCCAUCCUUUAUCACUCAAUUGGAAACCCCACCACCUAUUUCACUAUGGUAUUAUGUCUUGUGUACAUUAGCCCAAUUGGGAUAUACACGAGAUAACUUAUAUACACAAACACUUCUGCGUGGAUCUAUACAUGAAUUACUAUUGGCACUCCUGUGGAUUACAAAGGAAUAUCAACUCGUGACGAUUGCUGAACACGUGCAGCUGCAGCGGAGAUAUCCAUUUCUCCUUCAACGGGUUCCUAUUCCGCAACAAGAACGAACUCCCACAGAUAAAAAAGGAAAAGAAAGAUCUCCUCCUUAUAAUACUACUAAUACUACUAUUACUAGUAAUAAUAAUAGUAAUAGUAAUAAUAGUAAUAGUAAUAGUAAUAUUGGUGGAUCUUCAACCAUGAGAAGAACAGUAGAGGGAAAAGAAAAAGAAGAUAUUGCUGGUGAAAGAUUAUUAAACUGUUUUCCUGCAGCUGUGCCUUGGCCACCAGCCUCCUUUACUGAGAAGGAACACAUUGCCUAUCGCCUCGAGCAGAUUCAACGCAUCUUACCCAUAGAAGAAGUAGAAAAAGGAAAAGAAAAGGAAUUAACACCUAAUUAUAUCUCUAAUGUACGAAUGUCUGAUAUCACUCGUCGUCUCUUAUCUCUACAACGUCUCAUUUCUCUCUCUAUGGAUCGAUUGGAGUCUUCCUUACAUCAACGUGCUGAACAGAUCACCGCACUCGGUUUACACUCUACAUUAGAUGCUCAAUUAUGUUUACCCGCCCAUCAUCAUAUUUAUAGACGACUUUGUUGUGGUCUUCAGCAUCUACGCGGGAUGCAAACACGUGUGCAGGAGACCACACAACAACUCGCACAACUCGGUUCAUUAGUGGCUGUUUGUAUUCGAAGGGAAACACUAUCUCAACAACAACAACAACAACAGCAGAAGAGAGAAGAAAUAGAAUACAGUGAAGAAUCUCUCUUACAAGCUAUAGAAGAUGAUGAAUCCACUUGGAUGCGGCAGAGAGCUCCGAAUGCCGUGGAUGAUCUCUACAGUGCUGGGAGAUAUCCAUCAUUAUCAUCAUCAUCUUCACAAUCUCAAUAUCAACAAGAUCACGAUAUAAAGAAGGAGAAACAACAUAAAAAUGAACAAAUAGAAAAAGAUGAUGAAAGAUGGCGUUUACAAGAUGUGUUCACACGUUUCCGUGCAACAGGUGUAAAGGAGCAAUUGAAAGAUCUCUGGGAUUCCCUGCGCCGCAGAGCACAAGUGCAUGGAAGCGGUAUCUCGCAUCUACACAGUGGUGGUGUGGCUGCCAACACGGAACUCCAACAGGCAUUAGAAGAGAAAGUGCAUUUAAACAUGAAAUCCCGUUAUUCAUUAGACGCCGCAUUGAAAGCCGAGUUGUGUACAUGGCAGAUGUAUGGAGUGAGAGAUCUUCACACGGCGAGGAGAGAUUUACGGAAUAGAGAAGAAGAAGAAGAAGAUGAGGGAGUUGUGGAUAGAGACAGAGAAGGGCAACAAGGACACACCACACAUGUCACUACUCAUUCUUAUAAUAAUAAUAAUAAUAAUAAUAAUAAUAAUAAUAAUAAUAAUAAU